GGCACAAAUCCUUUGGACGCAUCGAGACGUGAAUAUAGGAGCAGACACAGCACUUGUGCCUAAGCCCUGGCCUGCCACCCACGUACGGGGCUGGGUGGUUAUUGUGGCGGCCACAGGCCCAGACUAAUCCACCCGCAUUCCUGAUGGGUUGGCUAAAGGCUUCUCCCAGGGUUAACUCAUUAAACCAGCCCUGGGGAGUGGGUCUGGGAUGAGUGGGGAAGAGACCCUUAAAGACCCUGUGGGCAGGGGAGCAGGGUGGAGCAUUGAGGAUGGGGGAUAUGGGAAUCAGGACUCCUGGGUUGUGUCCACACCACAGGAAUGGGAGUGAUGUCUUGUCAUUGGAACAGCAGGGCUUGGGAGGCAGGUUCUGUCCCGACUCAGGGAGGGGAGUAUUGACAGCUAGAUAGUGGGCCCUAUGUGAAGCAGUGUGGGUACGCCUGGCUGUGAGCAUUGGGUGUGGUUGUGCAUGAGGAAGGUGUCUGAAUGCGAGUGGGUACAUGUGUUUAGGGGAGGGGGUUGUCUGUUUGAACAGCUGCCCCAUAAAUGUUGCAGUUUUAGGUUGCAAUUCCCCCUGUCCCCUUCCCUCCUCCUGGGACUCCACAGAUCCCAACCACGUAGGACCCCCCAGACCCUGUUGAUUCCCUCCCCCACUGGGGUCACAUUGACUGACACACACACUCACUCACUCACUCACUGUGGCCCCUUGGAUUCUGGCAGGUCCCUUCCUGCUCCGAGGCUGCCCCGGCUGCCAGCUGCCUGAGGGGAAGUACCGUUGUAUUUAUGGUGUGAUUUACAGCACCCCAGAGUGGCAGCUGGGAGGCGAGGGCUGUAGCCACCUGACUUAGCCAAACGUCUGGGGACUGGAGCAGCUGGGAGCCAGGAUUCUUGGGUUCUAUCCCAGCUCUGGAAGGGCAGUGAGUUCUAGUGGGACAGGGUCAGGAGUGGGAACUUGGAGUCAGGACACCUGGGUUCUCCCCCCAGCUCUGGGAAGGCAGUGGGGUGUAAUGGGUGUUAGAGCAGGGGGGCUGGGAGUCAGGACACCUGGGUUCUCCCCACAGCUCUGGGAGGGGAACAAGGUGUAAUGGGUUAGAGUGGGGGGCUGUCAGGAUUCCUGGGUUCUCUCCUCAGUUCUGGGAGGGGGGUGGCUUCCUGUGUUCACUUAUUUCCUAGCAUUUCCUUCUCCCUUAAUGGUCUCCAGGACUUGGCUCUUCCUUUUGGCAUCUGGGUCCAGCUUGUCCCUCCUCCCACUCUGCCUCAGGAUUGACAAGGGGAUAACCCUCUGCCCAAUCAUGGUUCAGCUCCUCCCCUACUACUGGCAUUCCCCUCCCCCCACGUGGGGCUGUGUCCCCGUGGUGUGAUGUCACCAGAGGAAUGACCCAGGUCCUUCCUGGCUCUGUCAAUCAGUGUGGCAGAGACUAGCUGGCAUCAGGAAUCAGGGCUCAGGGGCUCUCCCCAGGGUGGGCACCUGCCAAGCGACUCCCAACAACGAUGUCCUUCUCCGGCACCAAUCUCAAGCUGGAGCGGCUAGAGGAGCAGCAGCUGGAGGACCCCGGCUACCAGCUCAGCCUCCAGAACCAACCUAGGGGCUGUGGGGACAUGGCGGCCCCUUACCCUGACAGUGAUCUCAUUUCCCAAUGGCUGCGCAGGAGUGUGAAGGCCAAGCUGGUGGAGGCCUGUGACUUGGGCGAGUCUUCCCAGGGGGACGGGGAGGUCCCGGCGAAGAGGGGUCUGGAUCCAGAAAGUGCCAAGGACUUUGUCUGGGCUAAGCGGGCCCGGGUAGAGAACAUCGUGUGCAGCAUCAGCAGCUCAUACCGUGAUGGGGGCCUGGAAGAAGGAGGCUCUGGGUAUGGCCGCUCCCGCCGGGCCCAGGAGCGGAGCCAGCUCAAGCAGCAGCUGGAGAAGAUGCGUGAGCAAGUGUUCCAGCUGCAGGAGAAACUGUGCCAGAUCUACAGCGGGGUGGCCCAGGAGGAAAGAAGCAACAUGGGGGCAGCCUGGUCCCAGGAGCCAAGCAGAGUUGGAGCCAGCACCCGGCAUCCUGGGGAAGGGAGUAGGCACCCUGGCACCCUGGCUGAGGCCCUAAAGGAGGAGCUUGGGGCAGCCAUGACCCAGGUGGUGGACACGGUCAUGCAGGUGUUUGCCCGCCAGCAACCCCCACCGGAGGAGCCCCCCUGCAGUUACCCAAGUGACCAGACAGAGGCACUGCCCCUAGUGGUGAGGAAGAGCUUGCCCCGUGCCCCCCCAGAGCUGGUGGCCAGCACCUUCCCCCAGCCCAUGGCUGUGCCCCCAUACCUGGCUGCCUUCAAGGACAGAGCAGCAGGAGAGGCCUACUGGGAGAGUGUGAGCCUGCGCACCAAGCUGUCCUCACGCCACCUGCUGCAGCCGCACUGUGCCCUCUUCCAGCUGGCAGAGCCGACUGACCGCCAGCUCCCCAAGAGUCAGGCCACGGAGACGCACCAUGGCCAGGAGCCAGCACUCUACAGGCCCUCAAUAUCCUUUAGUAGCCGGCCAGGACUAGGGUAGAGUGGGGAGAGGAUCUGAUUCCUGCCCCACACUUCCCUCACACAUCCUGCCCCCAACUAACCCACACACAUUCACCCCCCACACACACAUCCUGUCCCACACUGACCCACGCAUACACCCUGCCCACAACUAACCCACACAGGUUCACCCCCUUCAAAUGCACCCUGCCCUCCACACUCUGCCCCAAACUAACCCACACACAUUCACCCCCAUGCACAUCCUGACCCACUCACACAGUCUGACCCGCACACACACUAACCCACACACCCUGUCCCCUCCGAUCCACACACACUGCCCCCCCAAUCCUGCUCCCAACUAGCCCACACACAUUCACUCCACACACACAACCUAUCCUCCACUGACCCACCACACAACACACUCUGCCCCAAGCCAACCUACACACAUUCACCAUCCACGCACACACAGUUUCCCAUAGACCCACACACGGGCAUCCCCUUGCUGAACUCCCACACACUGGCCCCUGCCUCAUAUACAUAUACUGACCUGGACAUCCACAUACAGCCUCUUCCUUCUCCCUCCCCCGGCCCAUAUGUAGCAUACCCACACCCAUACACAUACUCCUGUCCCCCCACCUCACGCACACCACAUACACUCAUUGAGCCCUGCCAUCAGCUCAGCCAGCCCUCCCCUCUGGCCUUGCCCUGCUCCACUCCACACCUGCUCACAUCUUGCUGCCACCUGUGAGGCAUUGGCAGGGCAGGUGUUAGCAUCACCUGCUCCCUCCACACCACCCACCCACCGCUAGUCCCCUGAGGCCUGGCGUAGGUUUAAUGGUUAACCAGGCUGAGCCGGACCCUAAGCUGAUUGCACCAGCUCAGAAAGAGCUUCCUCCUGAAACCCACUAGGCACCUGCUGGGAAUAAUCCCCGGGAUUAGUGGGGGUGGGCUGGCAAAGACACUCCUGCUGUCCCCCCAUCCUACACACUGCUCGCUCUACGCACUGCCCACCCUACACGCUGCCCUGCAUCCUACACACUGCCCCCUCCCGCAACUGCUUCCCACCCUACACACUCUCCCCGCUGUCCCGCGCCCUACACGCUGCCCCCUCCCCUGUCCUACACGCUGCCCCCUCCCCACACUGUCCCCCAUCCUACAUACUGCCUCCUCCCGACUGCCUCCCACCCUACACACUGCCCCUUCCUGCCGCUAUCCCCCGCCCUACAUGCUGCCCCCUCCCCUAACUGCCCUCCAGUAUACACACUGCUUCCUGUCCGCCACUCUACACACUGCCCUCUCCCCCCACUGUCCCCGCCCUACAUGCUGCCCCCCUCCUGACUGCUUCCCGCCCCACGUGCUGCCCCCCUCUCGACUAUCCCCUACCCUACACACUGCAUGCGCCCUACACACUGCCCCUCCCUGACUGCCUCCCCCAUGCUGCCCUGUCCCUUUACAGCCAUCUCCCCUACACUGCCCCUCCCCCGAAAGCCCCCAUACACACUGCUACACACACAUACACCCCACACACACAACCUAUGACCCACUGACCCCCUCUCUCUUUACAGCCUGAGCUGAGCUGCCGGGGUGGAGAUAAGAGAUUGAGGUGAGAUUCGUGGGGUACA